AAGGGAGCAGCAGGUCCUAGGCUGGCACUGGUGGGACAGGUACUGCCCGGUGUCCUCCUUUCUGUGCAGCAGCUCUGUCUGGAACCAGGGGCUGGAAGACCUCGGAAGACCUUGUAUUCUAUCAGGUCCUCCUCAUGGCUUUAGAGACAGCCUGCCGCCCGUCAGGGAAAAGGCCCUUUAAGAUGCAAGCGUUCAGAAUCUGGGAUAUUAACCAGAAGACCUUCUACCUGAGGAAUAACCAGCUAGUUGCCGGGUAUUUGCAAGGACCAAAUACCAAUUUAGAAGAGGAGAUAGACGUGGUGCCCGUUGAGCCACAUACUAUGUUCCUGGGGAUCCACGGCAGGAAGUUGUGCCUGGCCUGUGUCAAUGUCGGCAAUGAGAUCCGGCUCCAGUUGGAGGAGGUCAACAUCACUGACCUGAGCAGGACCAGGGAGGAGGACAAGCGCUUCACCUUCAUCCGCUCAGAGAAUGGCCCCACUACCAGCUUUGAGUCCGCCGCCUGCCCCGGCUGGUUCCUCUGCACAGAGCUGGAGGCAGACCAGCCAGUCAGCCUCACCAACACACCCAAGGAAGCCAUCAAAGUCACCAAGUUCUACUUCCAGCAGAACUAGUGGUGCCGCCACACCACCGCCCUGCUGCCAGCACCGCUAUGACUCCAGACGCUUCUCCACCCUUCCUGUGGUCCCAGUUGUCGCAGGGCUCUGAGAAAUACAGCCUUUGCUGGUGGACCCUCAAAGAAACUACAGGGGCCCUGGUGUGAGGACUCUGUCUCCAGCCUCUCAGCUAACGUAGCCUUCCUGCUGCCUCUAUAGUGGUCUUUCUAAAGUGCAACUUGAAGCACAACACAGCUCACAGUCCUUCUUUCAGUGUCCCCUGUGCCUUCCCGAUAACACCUGGGCCACCUGGCCAGCCUGACACCACUGCUUUCCUCUCCCAGCUCCCCCUCCUGCCCCCAUCCAUGUUCCAGGUCCCCAGGGCCACUCACUCAUCUCCCACCAAGUGGCUCCCAAACCUUGUUUUGCAAACUUUGGGACAGCAGCAAUGUUAGGCUCUGUGACAAAAAGAAAAAUAAGGAUUUCAUGAUAUUUUUUAAAAGCCUACUUUAUCCAAGUUUAAAGAGUACUUUAUUUGGGCAUUAUAUCCUUUGUAGAAGAGGUUGGGAAAUCAAAUUACUUCUCUGUUUACAAUAAACCUUGAGAAUGCAUCUA